CACUGGCUGCAUUUUGGCAACAAAAAAAUGUUGCCCGAAAGUUGUGCGGACAUACUGCUGGAGGCGAUAGAAGUCCUUGUAAAUCAUUUACUGUAUGUUCGCGGUGUUUACCCCCCACAAAUCUUUAAAAAGCGAAGAGUUUUCAAUACACCGGUCUUCGUUUCUAUUUACCCGCCACUUAAUAACUACCUGACAAAUAUUCUGAACGCAGCACAGGAGCUUCUGCGUCGACAGGAAUUACAAUGCUUAGAGGUCAUUAUCUAUCGCGAUGAUAUGGAGCACAUGGAGAGUUAUCGCUGUGAACUUGAGUCCUUACCCAAUGGCCAGGACGAUCAGUAUUUGCUUCUAUACGAACAACAGCUGCGCGCCGCUUUAUACAAAUUGUCUGAACGGCUAAAGCCAUUGCCAAAGUUAACGGAGGAUGCAAAAUUCAAAGUGCAUCUGCAUACUACACAAUCUGCAUUCAUACAGCUCAACAAUAAUGCUCAACAUCAGGAAUUUCCUUGGCUACAAGCCACUGCAGCCAGCAACGUGCAGACAAGGGGCCCACGACAAUAUAAUUUAUUACCUUUGACAGCAGUAGAUAAAGUGGGUUUGAAGAUGCAAGCGCAUAUCUUUACUUGAGGUUGUUCUUAAGUCUUACGUUAAGCAAUAUAAAUGAUUAUACCAGCAACUACAUACAUAUAAAUAUAUAUUAUUCUUUCUAGAGUAA